AAUGCAUUCAAACUUAAAGUUCGCUAAACACUAUUUUCGGUUGUGUGAUCUUUCAUAUUUAUUUGAUUUCUCAUGUAAAUUUGUCACAAUAAAAAAGGAAAAUGACGCAUAACCUUGGUGACCUCCAACUACUAUGACAUUCAUUGUACGUACAGAUAUUUAUAUACAUUAAGAAUUGUAUAAAUACAUAGAUACCGAUCUCUGGUCUGCUGCAGCCCGUCCAAAAUUUGAUUCUUUCUCCAAACCAAACAUGGGGAAUUUAAACUGUAUUCGUAUCUUUCUUGUCCUCUCAUUAAUAACAUGCUUCAGUCAUGUUUCAGGCCAAAAUCCGUGGGCCACGCUAACACUUAUCGGCUCCUCGGACGGGCCCUUCUACGCGAAGCAAUACUUUGCCCAAAACACGCAAAUGAAUUGGGCAUCGGCAGUGAAUUUCUGCAAGAGCUAUGGUCUUCAACUCGCCUCCGUGGAAAGUGCGGCUGACCAACUUGUCAUCACCAACUGGGCCAAGGAUUCUGUCCGAGCUAACGAAUGGGGCUUCUUCUGGCUCUCUGGGAACAAACUUGGCGACGGAACGACAUGGCGUUGGCUGGAGGAUAGCAAGAUUGUCCCCACGCCUGGAAACACUGCCACAGGACCGCAAUAUUGGAUUGGUGGAGAGCCAUCCACAACAGCAAAUACUGCAAAUUGCCUCCAUGUCAACCUUGGCUGGUAUAAAGGUGGAUGGGGUCAGCACUUUUGCGAAACUUUGGUCAUGCGACCACUCUGCAUGUACAAGAUGACGACGUCGUGUCAAGGAGCAAACAAUACCAUCAUACCAACCACCACACUGGCACCUCCCUUGCCAACAACGCAAUCACAACCGACAUGCUCAUGCGGAACGUCUGCCACCAGUAAUACCAGGAUAAUUGGUGGGCAACCUGCAGCUCUGGGCGAAAUUCCGUGGCGUUGUAAUCUUUACAUGCAACGAUACGGAGUCUUUUGCACAUGCACCAUCAUUUCUGCCAGCUGGAUCAUGACGGCCGCGCAUUGCACAGAUAUCGUCACACCUACCGACAUCCUUUACGUCGAUGUUGGCGACCUCGACCUGGGAACAGCUUCUGAAACGGCAAGCUAUUUGGUGCAAGCUGAUCGUGUCAUAGGUCAUCCGGGCUGGGACAAGACCACAAUAUCUAAUGAUAUAGCGUUGAUCCAUCUCAAGGAUAGGAUCACUUUCUCCCCAACCGUCCAACCAGCCUGCCUCCCGUUUCCUUUGAGGGGACAAAGUUUAGAUUCACGGAGAGCAACGAUAUCCGGCUGGGGUACGACCGUUUUCCAAGGCCCAAUCUCUCAAAAGUUGAAUAAGGUGGACGUCACUAUUUUAUCUGACACUACUUGUCGAUCUGUUUUUGGGCCUGGAUUGCCACAAAAUAUUCUUUGUACGGGCGAAACUGGGAAAUCUGCCUGCAGUGGGGACUCUGGUGGCAGUGUGGACCUCGUAAACAAUGGGAGGUCGUAUGCUGUCGGGGUGACCAGUUUUGUUGGCGCAGGAUGCAAUACAAACUAUCCAAAUGUGUUUACUAGGGUGACAAGUUAUUUGGACUGGAUUGUUUCGACAACUGGGGAACAAUUCUGCCAGGCAUGAAAUGGAUGGAUGAGUCAAACUAAAUAUAAUUUUGGUUGUAAUUAAAUAUGCAUAAUUCAUAGUAAAAAAAACUCAAUUAAAAAUGUAUCCUGCAUAAUUAUUCGUCUGGUUAUAAAAA